CGGCGGUAUCGAUGGGGCUGGAGGCAGCGGCAGCGGCAGCGGCGUCGGGGGCGCGAGGACGACGACGCUGGCGGCGCUGAUGGCGACCAGGGCGUCCGCGCCGUCGACGAUCCGGCGGGACGCGGUGCGGGCGGCGGAGGGUGUCGCGCGCGAGGUGCUGCUGCGCCUGCACCCCACCGAGGAGGCGGAGCGGCGCCGCCAGGGCGUCAUCGCCUACCUCAAGCGCGUCAUCGGCUCCUCGCUCGGCUGCGAGGUCUUUGCAUUCGGAUCAGUCCCACUGAAGACCUACCUCCCUGAUGGUGACGUUGAUAUAACUGUACUGGGGAACACAUGGUUGAACAGUACGUUCAUGGAUGGUGUUCGCUAUGUACUUGAGGCGGAGAAGCAUUGCGAUGCAGAGUUUGAACUGACGGGCUUGAAUUUCAUCAACGCAGAGGUCAAGCUCAUUAAAUGUGUUAUUGAUAAUAUUGUUGUCGACGUCUCUUUCAACCAGAUCGGUGGUGUGUCCACAUUCUGUUUUCUUGAGCUGGUUGACCGUCAAGUUGGGGAAAAUCAUUUAUUCAAAAGGAGCAUUAUGCUAAUCAAGGCUUGGUGCUACCAUGAAAGUCGCAUCCUAGGAGCUCAUCAUGGACUGAUAUCUACUUAUGCCUUGGAAACACUUGUUCUUUACAUAUUCAAUAUGUUCCACAAUUCUUUGCAUGGUCCUCUGGAGGUAUUGUAUAGGUUUUUGGAAUAUUUUAGCAAGUUUGACUGGGACCAGUAUGGCAUCAGUUUAAAUGGUCCUGUUGAUUUGUCAUCGCUGCCCAACUUAUCUGUUGAACCUACAGCAGUACAUGAUGAACUAUUGCUUGGCAAGGAGUUUCUUCAAGGCUCAUUGGAUAGGCUUGUUGUAAUUCCAGACAGUUCGGAUGGGUGCGACACAAAUUUUCGCACAAAGUAUCUAAACAUAAUCGAUCCACUCAAGGGGAAUAAUAAUCUUGGUAGAAGUGUCAGCAAAGCAAGCUUUUAUCGCAUACGGAGUGCUUUCUCGUUUGGUGCACAGAAGCUUGGUCAAAUUCUCAUGUUACCCUCCGAGCUUAUUCCUGAUGAAAUUUGUGGAUUUUUUGCAAACACGCUGAAGAGACAUGGAAAGGGAGAAAGACCAGACCUUGGCGAUUAUAGUUCAUUUGAAUCCUUGCUUGGCCCUGAAAAUGCACUUAACGGAGAAGGAUCAAGCUUCAAUUCUUGCAUGAAUGAGGGUGAAAACAGAAGUCCGUGUCACUCGUCGAAACUGCCUGACAAGGAAUCGAAUGUAGCAGAUAUGCAUAAGAAUUCAGGUAGAUAUUUGCCAGGUGAUGUUCUAGAUCUUCCUUGGAACAAAAUCUGGUUCAUGGAAUAUGCAUCUGAUUUCAGAGCAAAUUCAUCAAAUUUAGCCAGUUUCAGGAGCCACUCAUCCUUUUCUCGAGAGAAUGGUAAUGGCAACAGUGAGCAGUGCUUCAAGAAUUAUGCAACAGAGGAAGAUUUGCAUCUCAUCAGUAGAUUACACAUGCCGCAACAGAUUUAUGCAAACCAUCAUAUAUUAGCUACCUCUACUCGUACAAAUACUUUGGAUUUUUCCAAUUCUUGUCCUGUUAGUGAGUCAGACUGGACUGCUUUCCGUGCAGAAAAAAAGCCACUUCCAUCCUUCUCACAACCAAAUAUGCUGGAUCUCUCAGGCGAUCUUGAUCUUCACUUGGGAUGCCUUCGCAAAGUUCAGUACCACCUGGAGUGCUUGUUUGAUGAACUUCUGCAGGCAGUUCAAGAAGCAUGUUUAGCUAGUGUGCUAGACGAGGAUUCUUUCCAGAUUCCAACUGUGAGCCUCAUGUCAAAUACCGACACUAGACCCCCAAGGCUAUCAUUAGCUUCAUCUACUGAUAGCGAGAGAAGAAAACUAUCUUCAGUUUAUUGUUCUUAUAGCACAGGAGAUGUUUCUCAGCAACCACAUGCCGAGGACCAAGUGGAUGUGGUUUGGUGGCAGAAUGUACCAUUGCCCUCCAACGUAUUGGCAUUGUCUUCAUCUCUUGCAACUAAUUCAGAAUAUUAUCCUGUUUAUUGGUUUUCUGACUCUCCUAAGACGCGUGGAACUGGCACAUACAUUCCCAAAAUUAGUUACAAUAUGUACAAGGAACGCAUGACACCUGGAAGAGGAAUCAUGCCUGAAAGAGGAAGAAAGCUAAAACAAAGGCUACCUGAUCAGAAGUACUCCUCACUUGAACAGGGAUGUUCUGGUCCUGGAAAUGAGCACACUACAGUUCACAGAGCAACAAACCAGAUGCCGAUGAAGCAGAACAGUUCACAACAGGAUGGUUAUUCAAGCAAGAGCUCAGUUCCAAAAGGAGGUUUUGUUCAUUUCAGGGAGCAAGUAGCAACAGAGGGUGGAACCAAACCGGUUGCAACAAACCUGCCGAAGGUUCAGAACAAUCAAGGCAUUGCCCCCUCACCUGCCAUUGGCGACUCGAGCAGAGAUUUUGUCGAGAAGGGAAGACAGCCAAAAUCAUCAUCAUCAGGGAUAGUACUUCCUCAGUUAUGUCAAGGAAAUCCCCCAGUAUCUAAUACCUGUCAGCCCUCCUCACCUCCAACAGCGGGUUAUUGUCAAUUGAAGGCACAAGUAGAGGAGAAUCUUGAGUUUGGAUCUUUGGGGCCUUUCUCGUUGGGACUUCUCUCAGCGCAGUUCGAGGAAGAAUUCCCCCCUCUCCCUGCUACUAAGAGACCUGCAGAAGUCCCUCUCCGUACUAGUAAGACAUCUGCAGAAGUCCCUGCCUCAACGGUGCUGAGCCCUAAGCCUGUUGACCGCGAAAGCAGGCCACAGGAUGUGUACCAACUGAAAGAUGAAGCUGACUUCCCUCCUCUCCAAGCUGGUUACCGCUGAGACUUAAAAGACACAGAUGAUAGAACUAAUCAAUAGAGUUAGAAAGUGAGAAGGGAAGUUCACAUGAAGAGCGAUAGGUGCCCCAGCAGGAUUUUCGGGCGACAGCAUUGCAAAUUUGGAUGCUAUUAACCGUCGUAGUAGCGUGUGUGGUGCCAUGUGAAACGAUAAUAAUCCCCGUCUCUCCUUUCUUUUGUUUUAUCUUUUCUUUCUUUCUUUUUUAGAUGAAUCCUUGUCUCGUGCAUUCUGUAGGUAAGCAACCCCCUAGAAGAAGGCUCAUAGUUUCGCCUUUAGCUUAGAAAACACCAAAAGAAAGAGGGGAACUCUCAAAAGGAACUAUUCCUCUGUAGAUCCCUAGUUUUAACUUUUGAAAAAAAAAGAGAAAUAGAAGAAAAGGCA